GCAUUGUCCUUUGAUUUGUUGCAAAUCUAAUCUGGCUCUAAAUUUAAAUGAAUUUUUUUUAUGCAUCAUUCUUAGUUAUAGUUAAUAUAGAGCCAUAGGCUAAAAGUGUACCGUGUCGGUGACUCUCACUCUCAGUUUCUCUCUCUCUCUAAACUUGUUCCGGUCGAGUGGUUGGUGGGUGGGUUUCUUUCUCUAAACAAAAACAAACAAAAGCAAAAACAGGUCAUUGCAGAUCUAUCCGAAAGGUAAGAGAGAGAGAGAGAAUGAAGGUGAUAGAGAAGAUCCAGGAGGCAUUGUUGGAGGAGAAGAAGGUUUUGUUUUCGUUCGAGUUCUUCCCGCCAAAGACGGAGGAUGGGGUGGAGAACCUGUUGGAGAGGAUGGAGAGGAUGGUGGCCCACAACCCGGCGUUCUGCGACAUAACGUGGGGUGCGGGUGGGUCGACGGCGGAUCUGACGCUGGACAUUGCGAACAAGAUGCAGAACAUCAUCUGCGUGGAGAGCAUGAUGCACCUCACCUGUACCAACAUGCCUGUCGACAAGAUCGACCACGCCCUCCAAACCAUCAAGUCUAACGGCCUCCAAAACGUUCUUGCUCUCCGGGGCGACCCGCCCCAUGGCCAGGACAAGUUUGUUCAGAUCCAAGGAGGCUUUGCCUGCGCCCUCGACCUGGUCACCCAUAUCAGAGCCAAAUAUGGUGACUACUUUGGCGUCACUGUUGCUGGCUAUCCAGAGGCACACCCGGACGCCAUUGGAACCGAUGGCCUCGCCUCUCCCGAAGCCUAUCAAAGUGAUCUCGCUUAUUUGAAGAGAAAGGUUGAUGCUGGUGCCGAUUUGAUUAUCACUCAGUUAUUCUACGACACUGAUGUUUUCCUCAAAUUCGUCCACGACUGUCGCCAAAUUGGAAUUACUUGUCCUAUUGUUCCUGGAAUUAUGCCCAUUAAUAACUACAAGGGAUUCAUACGCAUGACUGGUUUCUGUAAAACCAAGAUACCAGCUGAGGUUACUGCUGCCUUGGAGCUUAUCAAGGAUAAUGAAGAAGCUGUCAAAUCUUAUGGAAUUCACCUUGGAACCGAGAUGUGCAAGAAGAUUUUGGCUCAUGGGAUUAGGACGUUGCAUCUUUAUACACUGAACAUGGAGAAAUCAGCAUUGGCUAUAUUAAUGAAUCUUGGUUUGAUUGAAGAGACCAAAAUAUCAAGGCCUUUACCUUGGAGACGUCCUGCAAAUGUUUUCCGUGUUAAAGAAGAUGUUCGUCCAAUAUUCUGGGCUAAUCGUCCCAAGAGCUACAUAUCAAGGACCAUAGGCUGGGACCUUUAUCCACAUGGGCGAUGGGGUGAUUCUCGUAACCCUUCAUAUGGAGCACUAACUGAUUAUCAGUUCAUGCGGCCACGUGCACGCGACAAGAAACUUGUUGAAGAAUGGGUUGUCCCAUUGAGAAGCGUUGAAGAUAUCCAUGAGAAAUUUAAGAAAUUCUGCCUUGGCAAAUUGAGAAGCAGCCCUUGGUCAGAACUAGAUGGGCUUCAGCCAGAGACGAAGAUCAUAAACGAACUUCUAGGUAAAAUUAACACGAAAGGUUUCCUUACCAUCAACAGCCAACCAGCGGUAAAUGGGGAAAGAUCUGAUUCCACGUCUGUUGGCUGGGGUGGGCCUGGAGGAUAUGUUUAUCAGAAAGCCUAUCUAGAGUUUUUCUGUUCGAAGGAGAAGUUGGAUGCUCUUGUUGAGAAAUGCAAGGCUCUUCCAUCUCUAACCUACAUGGCCGUGAACAAGGAUGGGAGAUGGAUAUCUAAUAUUGGUCAGACUGAUGUGAAUGCUGUGACAUGGGGAGUCUUUCCCGCAAGGGAGAUAAUCCAACCGACUGUUGUGGAUCCUGCUAGUUUUAUGGUUUGGAAGGAUGAGGCAUUUGAAAUCUGGUCAAGAGGAUGGGCCCGCUUAUACCCUGAGGGUGACUCAUCUAGGAAAUUGCUUGAAGAGGUCCAGAACAGCUGCUUCUUGGUCAGUUUGGUAGAUAAUGACUAUAUCCAGGGUGAUGUUUUUGCUGUUUUUGCUGAUUUCUGAAUGAGCUAUUUUGUCAACUCUUCCAUUUCUUAAAGCCGCAUAAGCCAUUAAACUGGUGCUUUCAUUGUAAGUCGGAUUAUAAGUUUAUUGUAAUUGGGAUGUGUAAUAAUAACUCAUUGGGAUUUUGAGAUCUCCCCCGUGUCAUGUGCAAAUAGCAUCUGCGUUCGUGAU